AUGGAGCUGUUUGUUUCAACUGUGAAAAGUCUCACAGAGAACCUGAUGCAGAAACAGUCAACAGGUUAUGAUGAGGUGAUAGAAAAACUAUUCUCUGAAGUCUCUGGCCCAGAGGAUUGCCCCAAAAUACCAGACCCACAGCUUGAGGAGUGUGCCAUCCAGCUGUGGAACUGGGCAGUUACCAAGAAUGUGGGCACCACUAUCAGUAAAAAUCAGAAGGCCAAAGUGCGUCAUGUCGCAUGCACUCUGCUGUACCGCUGUGAGCCUGAGAAUCCAACAGAGGGCGUCAUCCGCAAGCAGAUCCUGAUGGCCAGCAAAACAGGAAGAACCUGGCUGGAAUGCAAAAAUCCCCAGAUGGCAGAUAACUUCUUAAGGCUUGCUGUCAAGAGUCUGGAAACCCUCUAUGGCCAACUGACGUCCAGAGGUGAUGGAACCGCUGACAUCACUUCAUCAAAGGGGGAUGUAGAGAAGGAUUUGCUUCGAAUUCUCUCAUGCCAGGCAGAAUCGGCCAUAAGUCAAGGGAAUAACCAUGAGGCUGUGGUCUAUAUGCAGCGCUGUAAAGACAUGCUGCUGCGGCUACCAAAAGAUACUGCAUACAUCUCCCUCAUGUGCUACAACUUUGGAGUGGACACUUACAAUCUGGGAAGGUUGGAGGACAGUGCAUUUUGGCUCAGCCAAAGCUAUGACAUCGGGAAAAUGAAUGUGAAAUAUGCCCCUGAAUCUGAACUCCAGGCCAAGGUUUUGAGGCUCCUUGCCACUGUCUAUUUAGAGUGGGACUGUCAGAGGUUUCAGGAGAAGGCGCUUAAUGCUGUCAGCUUAGCCAAUAAGGAAUGUGUGAGCGCCUCUGGGCUGUACUUAAAGAUCAGAAUACUCCUGAGAUGUGGGGCCUCAGUCGAUCAUAUCAGAGCAGGACUUAAUGAGAUGCUGGAAUCUAAGGUGUCUCUUGAAGUGUGUCUGAGCACAGUGAAACUACUCAUGUCUGAAGACAGAGAAGUGCUGGCAUUUGAGUAUUUGAAACGUGUGUGUCAGCACUUUGAGUCGUCGCCUGACUUGGGAACUGCUCUCGUCUUGCACAUUGAGCUACUGCUGCAGAGAGGCAAGGAGCUGCUGGGCAAACAGAAGAUAGAGGAUAUCAUCACUGGCCACUACACAGGAAAACAGCUGACACCACAGGCCCUCACAAGUCUACAUGUCAUGCUGUGGGACAAAGCGUCCCAACACUUUGAGGCCAAGAACUAUUCUGAGGCUCUUCAGUGGUAUAACUACUCACUGAGUUUCUUCAAGGCAGGUCAAAUGGAGCCCAACUCAGCCAAACUGCAGAGGAACAGAGCUUCCUGUUUCCUGCAACUGAAGCAACUGGAAAAGGCGAAAGAAGCAAUUAAAGAAGCAGAGAGAUGUGAUCCUGACAACAUUUUCACUCAGUUCAGUGUUUACAAGAUUGCAGUGCAGGAGAACAAUGUGGAGAAAGCUGCAGAGGCAGUGAAUGCGAUGGGACUUCUGUCCAAGAGUCCUGCUGCUAGUGAGGACGGACUGCUGGUAUCUGAGAAUGCUGCUUCCAGUCUCCUCAGUCUGGCUGCACAGAUUGCUUUGGAGAAUGAACAACAGGAAACUGCGAUGAAGGCUCUGGAGAGGUUGUGUGACAACUCCAAAGAUGAAGCUCAAGUGCUGACUGCUCUCAGGUGUUUGGUUCGACUUGUGCUCUCCACAAUAGAAAAAUCAAGUGAUGAGACAAGGGAUGUGAAUCUGGAUGUCCUGCUGCCAUAUCUAAAAAUGGCUCUGCAGAAACUUUCACACCAAGCUCACAUGACUGUGGAGCAACGCACAGAGGAAGCUAACUGGUUCAGGAAGAUUGCGUGGAACUCGGCUCUGCAGUGCGAGAGCCGCCCUGACAGAAUGAGGGAUUUCUUUGUGCUCUCUUACCAGCUCUCCCAGUUGUGCCCUCCUGAUCGCACACUGCUCAUGGGUCAGAAGACGUGUCUGCUAAUGGCUGCUGCUGCAUCUCUGGAGCUCUGCAGGAAGUCUCUUCACUCUGUCCAGACUGAGGAGCUCACUCAGGCUCUGGAGCACAUUCAGAUCUGCUGCGAGGUGUGGAAAACCCUGAAAGCAUCAGGAGGCUUCCCAACGGACCCAACAGACACGCUGCUGCUGUUGUAUGAGUUUGAAGCUCGAGCGAAGCUGAAUGACCCAAAGGUUGAGACGGUUCUGGAGUCUGUCUUGGAGCUUGAAAAUGUUGAAACCAAGGUGCUAGAAACCAUUGCAGCCUUAGCCAUGGAGCCUCCAGCCCACUUCCCUCUGCUGUGUAAAAAGGCCUUGAGGGUUGCUCUCUCCCUGCACAGGAAACAACCACAGGCCGACCUGGCCCGCUGCAGCAAGUGUGUUCACAGCCUGAUCAAGCUGUCCCUCCCAAGCGGUGUGUCAGAGGUGGAGGCCCAUGUGCUGGAGGAGGUGUGGGACUACUACGAGGAGGCCCUGUCCAUCAUCGCAGCCGCACCGGACGACUUCCCAGAGAUGGAGACCCUGUGGCUGCUGACUCGGGCUUGGAACACGGGGAUACUGCUGUACAGCCUGGCGCAGUACCCCGAGGCUGAGAAGUGGUGUGGCCUCGCCAUGAGCUUCAUCCGCCACCUUGGAUCACUGCAGGAGAGCUACGAGACACAGAUGUCUGGUCUGUACAGUGAGAUCCUGGACAGGCUGGACAAAGCCAAGAAGAACCUCAUCAUGGAGGAGUAACUGAACAGGGACAUGUCAGCCCGUUUACCAGAGGUGUGAACUUGAGUCACAAAGUUGAUGACUUCAGACUCGACAAAAUCACAAGACUUGCAACUUGACCUAGACUUUAACACC